CAAAACUCGGAAAUAAGUCACGUUGUUGCUGCUGCUUUCUCCAGUGCACAAUCAACUGACUCUUUACGACGGCUUUACUUCUUUAAAAUAAUAACUUUCUCCCUACUCUCCAAGGUUGAAUUUGUCAGAUUAUAAUCAUGGCAUUUUUUCGAAACUUAUUUCUGACCUCCCCCGUAUCAGUCAAAAGCAAGGUGUGCAAAUCCAUAGUUUGUGCACAUAAAAAUCAGGUUGGACUUUCGGUGACUGGGGGAACAAGGUCGGCAAGUACUUAUCCAAUAGAUGAUAUCAUUUUUGGAUUAACAGACGAUCAAAAACAGUUGAGAGAGACAGCCUUUAACUUUUUUCAAAAAGAGUUGACCCCUUUGGCCGAUGAGAUUGACCGUUCAAAUACUUUUAAGGAUAUUCGGAAAUUUUGGAGGAGGUUGGGAGAUAUGGGAUUUUUGGGGAUUACGGUCAAGUCGGAGUAUGGUGGGACUGAAGGGGGUUACUUUGACCACUGUUUGAUAAUGGAGGAGUGUUCCAGGUCGUCGGGGGCGAUUGCUCUUUCCUAUGGGGCACACUCCAACCUCUGUGUUAAUCAGAUUCAUCGGAAUGGGACAGAAGAACAAAAGAAAAAGUACUUGCCCAAGCUUUGCUCAGGGGAACAUAUUGGUGCAUUAGCAAUGUCCGAAGCCAACGCUGGGUCUGACGUUGUCGGCAUGAAGAUUAAGGCCACUCGUGAUGGAGACAACUAUGUCCUGAAUGGCACAAAGUUCUGGAUUACAAAUGGUCCCGAUGCAGAUAUCAUUGUGGUAUACGCGAAAACAGACCCUAGUGCAUCUAAAGCAGCGCACGGUGUAACAGCAUUCAUUGUUGAAACUGACAAACCCGGUUUCAAAGUGGGAAAAAAGUUAGACAAAUUGGGCAUGAGAGGUUCAAAUACCGGAGAAUUGAUAUUUGAAGACUACAAAGUACCAGCCAGCAACGUCUUGGGCCCGGUCAACAGAGGUAUUUAUGUUUUAUUCUCUGGACUCGAUCUUGAGAGGUUGGUACUUUCUGGUGGACCUGUUGGCCUCAUGCAAGCUAGCUGCGAUGUAGCUUUCGAUUAUGUCCAUUAUCGUAAGCAGUUUAACACCAAAAUAGGAGAAUUCCAACUUAUGCAGGGCAAAAUCGCAGAUAUGUAUACUAAAUUAAGUGCUUCCAGGAGUUAUCUUUAUAACGUUGCACGUGCCGCCGACAAGGGCCAUGUUAAUCGAAAGGAUUGUGCUGCCGUCAUCCUCUACACAGCAGAAAAUGCGACGCAAGUCGCUUUAGAAUCAAUUCAAUGUUUAGGUGGAAAUGGGUACAUCAAUGAAUAUCCUACAGGAAGAUUCUUAAGGGAUGCCAAACUCUAUGAAAUCGGAGCUGGAACUUCGGAAGUUAGACGUUUGGUCAUUGGUCGAGUUUUAAAUGAAGAAUACAAGAACUAAUACAUAAGUUAAGAUGAAAAUAUGUACAUGAACUCAGCCGUCAUCAUAAUAGUUUAUGUCUAAAUAAUUCGGAUAUUUUCUUAAAAAUAUUGCGCUAACCAUGAUAAAUGAAAAUAGGAUUGAUUGACUAAUUAUGACAAGUAUAUAAUACGUGUAAAGGCAGAUUAAAAGUUUUAUUUUCUUAAAUUGACAAUUCAAAGCAAAGAUUAGCAACAACAAUAAAUCUACGUAUGUAUCUCAUACUCAACCUCA